UAUUUGCACUUUGUGUGUUACAAUGGCCCAUGCGUUUAGUAGAAUCAGCAGUAAGUGCAGUAGCUAGCAACAAUAAAGCAGCAUAUGCGAGAACUGAUGAUAAAGGUCAGGAGGUGUCGUCCAGUAUAUUGGGUUCAAUUUAUCAUAAAAGUCGACAAUCAAGAUGUGUAACAUGUUAUGAAGACAGGCGUUAUGCUGAUGAUCGCAGCCGUUAUUAUGGCAGUUAUGCUGCCAGAUCUGGUGAUGAUCGUGCAAGUAGUUGGUAUUAUUCCGGACAUGAUCGUUACGACGAUCGUGGCUAUCGUGGUGCGGAAUAUGAUAGAUAUGCAGCCCCUGUAGCCGAUCGUUAUGGUGCAGAUCGUUAUGGUGCUGAUCGUUAUGGGGCAGAUCGUUAUGGUGCUGAUCGCUAUGGCGCUGAUCGCUAUGGUGCUGACAGAUAUGGUGCUGACAGAUAUGGUGCCGACAAAUAUGCUGGUUAUAGGGAUGACCGUUAUGGCGCACGACCAGCCUAUGAUCGUUAUGAUACCCGCAGUCGAGUUCCUUAUGAAAGACCAGCUGCUUAUGAUCGUGGUGAAAGUCGAGGUUAUGGUUAUGACAAUCGUGAUCGUUAUUAUGGUGCUGAUCGUGGCAGUAGUGAUUAUUAUGGCAGAGAUCGCUAUUAUGAUCGUCCUCGAUAUGGAGCUGGUGCCGGAGCUACAUCUGGUUAUGGCAGCUAUGAUCGUGACUAUUAUGAUCGUUAUUCACCAAGAGGGCAGUCCAGCUAUGAUAGUGCUGGUCAUGGCCAAUAUUAUGCUAAAGGAACACAAGAACAUCGCCGCUAUUUACCCGAACCCGGUUAUAAUUCACCUGCCAUUUCACCCUGUGGAGUUAGGAAACCAAAUUGUCCAUAUAAUCCCCAAGAAGGGGGAACUCGUGUAACAUCUGGUACCAUUGAUAGCGGUGGUUAUAAUAUGGGUGUUUCUCAGACAACCUACAACACAAAUUCGAAUACAAAUCGUAAUGACAGUUCGAAAGGUUCGGGUUCAACGGGCGGUUGGUCGUAUAUGAGAGAAGAUGAUCAACCCUCCCGAGGUGGUAGUAAUAAUAGUGGUAGUAAUACUAGUAAUAGUAAUAAUAACAAUAGGGACAGGAAUAGAGAUCAGCAAAGCUCUGCCUACGGUGCUUUAUUAGAUCGUGAUUCCAAUCUUAUAGCCGUGGAACCUGUAAAAUCCAAUGAUAAUGCUAACAACGACUCUAUGGCAAGCAGUGACCAGCAAAAGGAUAAAAGCGCUGAUGAAACUGGCAAACAGAGUGAUAACGGACAAAAUUCUUAAUGUUGUGUGUGGAGGAAAAAUCUACAAGUGUUCCUUUUCUAAGAAUGUUAACGAUAAAUACGAAAUUUAAAAGUAAUGGAGAUGAAAAAUUAACAAAAAAAAUUCAGAGCAGAUAAAGUGUGUUCAAGUUUAAAACUAAUAAUGUGUGUGUGUUCAUAAGACAAAAACAAAAAAGAA